CUCGUUACCACGGCAACAGCCUAGAAGGACUUAAUGGCAAUAUGGUUUUCGUGACGCAUAACUUUCGUUUUUCAGAUAAUUCGACGUGAUUUGUCCCCACUAAUAUUUACAGAUCCCAUCACGGUCAUUGUCCCAGGAAUAUUGCAUGCACCAUCGGCCCAGAGCCAUACAGGACACAGGAAGAAAAAAAGAAGAAGAAUCUGUAGUUCUUGCCUGAGGAAAAUAGCUAAAAGGAUUGAAGUACAGAGUGAAAACAGAACCAUGAACAGGUGUAGAUCCGGAGAGCUAACAGGUAAUUUUGAUCACUAAACACCUUCAGAAUGAACACCUUUCAGGUUCAGAGGCAGACCUCCCUGCUUUGUACCGAUAAGAAGGACAAGCCACAAAGAAUGACCCCAUCAGUUUUCACUCAGGAGAUGCUGCAGUCCUCUGAAGAACGCCUGGAAAACAUCAGGGAGGUGCAUCCACCUCAUAUCCUUGAGCAUUUCAGCGCAAGCAGCAAAACACAUCCCAAGAUGAGUUUUCAGGUCUUCCCAUCAGAACUGGUCUUCCAGAACUUCACUCCCUUCCAGACUUACACGUUGCCUCUGAUUCUUCUCAACAAAGGCACGGUGCCACAGUCUGUCAUGCUGGAGAAGCUGAAUUCAAAGGUGUUCCAUGUGGUGGGACCAGAAAACGGGAGUGGCAAAGUAGCAUCAGGGCUGGCUGCCACUUUUACAGUUUCAUUCACCCCACAGGAAAACAAGGACUACAUUAGCAACCUGCAGUUUGAGACACAAAGAGAGCGGUUUGUGGUCCCAGUUCGAGCCAUCGGGCCACGGGCUAUUCUGGACUUUCGGGAUGAGGUUUUGUUACCUGUCUGUCACGUGAAAGCCUCCACAGAGAAAACUCACAAUGUGUAUAACAUCGGGAACAGCAGGGCCAUGUUUGAGCUACGAACACAAAGCCCGUUCUCAGUGACGCCCUCCUGUGGAACUCUUGAUGUAGGUGAAAGCAUGCAGGUGACCGUGUUUUUCCAGCCCAUGACUGUAGGAAGCCACCAGGAAGACCUGGUUCUGCACUACCAUACUGGUGAAGAUGUUUACAUCAGCUUGUCAGGGACUUGUGUGGAGCUUGACCUUCGUUUUGAGUCGGACAUUGUAGAGCUGAAGAAGACUUAUAUCGGCCUGGCUAACACUCACACAGCGUGUCUCGUCAAUAAGAACCACUUUCCUCUUCGGUUUCGUUGGACAGUUUGGCCCAGCCAGCAAGAUGAAGAUCUGGGCUCAUUCAGGGAGAGCUCAAUACUGCAGCGAGGGGACAAGGAGGAGGAGGCACCUCUUCCAUAUGAGUCCAACCCCACAGCGAUCCAUCACCUCCCGUUGCUGUCCAGAUCCCUGCAGGACCACUUCCCAAUCCUCUCUCUCGGUUGCAUGAGCCUGGAGCCAAUGGAGGGGGAGAUAUAUCCAAAAACCACAGCACAGUUCCACAUUGUGUUCAAGCCCAAGGAGGCCAGACUUUACCAACACACCAUCUACUGUGACAUCACUGGUCAUGAAUCCCGGUUACCUCUCAUAAUUUCGGGCGAAGGCCUGGGACCUAAACUCCAGCUGAACUACAAUCUAAUGGAUAUAAAAAAUGUAUUUAUAGGUGACAAAAACCGAUACGAGGUUCAGAUCUCCAACAAAGGGCUGAUUGAUGCUCCUUUCAGGUUUUCCAGCUCUGACACCACGUUUGGUCAUUAUUUCUCCAUCAGACCCACAGAGGGUGUCGUUCCCCCUGAGGCCCAUCAGAUUGUGGAAGUGACUUUUAAGAGUCACACAUUGGGACCUUUUUCUGAAGACUUACUGCUUACUGUCACAGGACAGCCUCAGCCUCUCACCCUGACCUUCAGGGGUUGUGUCAUCUGUCCAACAUUCAACUUUGACGUUUGGGACCUAGAGUUUGGAGAUGUUGCCUUUGGGUUCCCAUCUACGCUGACCUGCACCCUCUUCAACACAUCCUUUGUGCCUAUAAACUUUGUUCUGCGUGUCCUUGGGGACGGAUUAGGGUCUCCCAGUGUUAGUGGUUUCAGACAGGUGUCUGAUUUGUCCUUGAAGAGCUGGCAGGGGCAUACAGCUCAAGGCGUUCAUGAGCGUCCUGUGGAGUUCACCGUCAGCCCUGCAGCUGGCUCAGUGAGCGCCAUGUCUGACAUCACCAUUAAGGUGACUCUGUGCUCCAACACAGUUAAGACUUACUGGGUGGCAAUGGUAGUGGAUGUGGAAGGUGUCGGAGAGCAUAUAAGGACUCUGCCCAUUAAUGCCAGGUGUGUUGUUCCAGAAAUUACUGUUGAGCCUCUGGUUCUGGACUUCAAGAGAUGUUACCUUGAUCGCUCCUACAGACAGAAAGUGAAGCUGACCAACUCCAGCGGUCUUUAUGCCUGUUAUGGUGUCCUCGAGCAGGAAAGUGAAGAAAGUUCACAGUUGAUUUUCAACUUUCCUGAGCCCAGAGGAGUUCUCCCCCCUCACAGCUCCCUGGAGCUUCCUGUGCUCCUGGUGGCGAAGGCUGUAGGCCAGCUCAGUCACGCUUUACACAUCUCUGUGUUUGGUAGCCUCCAACAACCUCUGGAGGUCAUCCUGUCCUGCACUGGGCAGGGACCAGUUGUCCAUAUUCCCAUCCCACAGCUGCGAUUUGGCAAAAUUCCCGUUCUGUCUGACAUCGAUAGAUCCUUGCAACUGUUUAACCAGUCUCCUAUCCCAGCCCACUUCACCACCAGCAUGGACAACAAAAACUCCUUCUGGCGUGUUGAACCCAGUCAUGGAGAAGUACCACCAGAAGGCCAGUUGAAGCUAAAGAUUGUGGCUCAUCUGAGGGACACUCUGUCCUUCCAUGACAAACUGAGAAUAUCUAUACAGGACAGUCAGACACACAUUAUCAGUGUUUCGGCCACUGGAGGAGGCACCACCAUCAUCAGUGACAGGCCUUUUGGACCCUCCCUUGACCUGGGAACUCACUUCAGCCGUAGUUCCUCCCAGUUCCACUUCAAACUGACCAACCAUGGCCAGCGAGUGCACCGGAUGUACUGGAAGAUUGAUGGCAUCCUGUCAUCUCCCCAAAAGCACAAACGUGGCAGCACAUCCAACACAGGUUUUCUACCCCCUAUCAGUCCUCCCAGACAAAAAGACACCAUCACCCGUGGAUCCUUCCUUUCAGCUGGACAAAAUUCAGAGUUAAGCCUCAGCCCAUGUCGUAUGGAGCUAUUCCCAGGCGACUCAUGUGACAUGGUGCUCACGACAUCUUCAGACGUCCCCAAGGUCAUACACAAGCGUCUGGUAUGCCAGGGUUUUAUUGGCCAUGAGAGCCGUCAGGAGACCAUCAUGACUGUAGAUGUGACCUGCCGCUUUGUGGCUCCAGUGCUCAGUUUGUCCACAAAGAAGCUGAAUUUCUACAUCAAGAAGGUCAAAGGACAGAGCGUGCUGCCUGUAUAUGAGAAGCUGGUCCUGAGUAAUGUGUCUCCUCUGUCCCUGUCCAUGAUGCUCUCCCUUGAUGCACCUUUCUUUCUUUGUGACGCCAGAGGAAACCACUCAGCAACCACUAAGUCAAUAUUUCUACACAACAGCAGUCAGACUGAACUGUGGGUGUGCUUUAAUCCAGCAGUCUAUAAGGACCAGGCGACACAUAUUGUGGAUGAGCUCCUUAAAAUCAGCUACUUGGAACACCCACACCACUACAUGGUGGAGCUGCAUGCUGAGGUCCACUACCCCAACCUCCACUUCUCCUCCACCGUUGUGGACUUUGGCUGUGUCCACAAGUCUACUGAGGCCAAUACAGAGAUGACGAUCACCAACUGCUCUCAGCUGCCCGUGUCCUACCGCUGGGCUUUUCUGGAUCACCGCCAGCACAUAAAAGACACAGAAACAGUAGGAAAAAAGAUGAAGCAGGAGGAUCCAGAGAGUUCCUCCACGACUGUCUCAACUUUUCUUUCACUUCCUCCAAUCCUCAGGCAUGGUGAAGAUGAGAAUCAGAAGGAGGUUUUUGACAUCCUUCCAAUGUCUGGUCAUUUGCAACCUGGAGAGCAGCAGCUGGUCACAUUCAGCUUCUUCAACGAUGAAAGCAUCAGCAGAGAGGGAGUCGCUCUGUGUCAUGUAGAAGAUGGACCUACGUAUGAAGUGAAACUGAGAGGAGAAGCUUCAGUGAUCAGCUACAGCGUUGAGCCCACCUGGCUGGACUUUGGUCUGCAGCUCUUUUAUUCUGUGGGAGAACUCUACAUGACCGUGAGGAAUACCGGCAAGUUGGGGUUCAAUUUUAGCAUCGAGUUCCCUCAUUGUGAGAAGGAAGAGGAACAUAAUGUUGAUGAGCUGCCACCAGAUGCACAGCACCAAAACGAGGACCUGGAGGUCAGACCUGGGAGGCCCGCAGUCCUCCCUGCUGUGGGGUUCAUUAAAGCUGGUUCAAAGCAGGACCUGCGUGUACUCUACCUGCCAGGCCUCCCUGAGGUGUUUGAAAAACACUUUAAGGUGCUUGUGGCUUUGCUCGCACCAAAGAAGGUCACUGUGACUGGGGUGGGAGUGUUCCCUAGAGUCUUGUUGGAUUUACCACGAAACUUGUCAGACCAGUGUUACAGUGAUGUGGUGGAGCAAGCCAAAGCAUCUGUGUUGGCAAAUGGAGUCAGGAUCCGUGGACAAGCUUCCUGUACGCUCACGGUCAGUAAAUACAACCAACAAGUUAGAAUCAUAAAAAAAACAAAAGCACGAGUUAGAACGAGUACAUUUUCCUAUUUAAAAUUCAUAAACAUGAUUUUAUUUCAGAAUUUAAAAAAUAUAUAUUUAUGCUGGAUUUCAUUAGAUAAUGAGAAUAAACCUAAAGGGGUACUAGGCAGUUUUGGCAUGCUUUUAGCACCCCCUAGUGUCCGUUAUUAGAACUGAAACCAAAAUCAUCGGGUACUCCGGCUUCCUCGCACAGC